GAAAAUAUUUUAAAAUAUGUUGGCUAGGAAAAAAAAAAAUUCUUAACCUAGAUACACUAGUUUCUCCUAGUUUCUUCUGUUCAAAACCAGACUUGAAAAACACGUUGGCAUUUUCGUCCAAAAUAAUAAUAAUCACGUAGCAUGAAAUUCAGAAUAGAUUUUGGCUCACCGCAUAAGCUACGAAUUCAACCUUCAAAGUGAACGCGCUUAUAAGUUGAAUCCAAACCCAGGAUAAACCUUUCCGCCGCACACCACUUGCCACCACUCGCCACCACCGGACCUGCCGCCGCUCAUUACUUCCACUCCGGUGUCCUGUUCAUUGCUAUGAGAUUCUUGUGUGGUAGUAUAUAGCAAGGAGAAAGUUUGGUUUUUUGUUGAACUCUUAUGGAGAUGGCUAUAGUUGAAUCAAUAGGGAAGAUUCCUUUGCAAGACCCACCUGAGGAAGAGUUUUCUGCUGCUGACUUGACUUGGACCAAGUUUGGGAAUGCUGAGCAUUAUGAUGAGGUUGCCCUUAUUCCUUAUGAUAGAGUUGAUGCUUUUAUAAUUGGCGAGUGCUCGAAUGUGUUGUACCCAACGCGGUUUCAUAUCGAGAGAGGAAGGAAACGAACUAUUGGCACCUUGAAGGAGUACAAGGAUGAUGAAUAUCUUGAGUACAGGCAGUACUGGUGCUCAUUUGGCCCAGAAAAUCAUGGGCCGGAUGGUGAGAUACUACCUAGUCGGAGAUAUCGACUUAAUACCCGAAAUCGUGCUGCUAGACCUCAAUCAAUGCGGGGUUGUACCUGUCAUUUUGUUGUGAAACGUCUCUAUGCUCGUCCUUCACUUGCGCUUAUUGUAUACAACGAGAAUGAGAGGCGUCAUGUUAACACAUCUGGUUAUAUCUGCCAUGGACCACUUGAUAGAGAUGCUAUUGGCCCGGGUGCCAACAAAGUUCCAUAUAUAGGCCCUGAAACUCAGCAGCAAACAAUGGCCAUGAUAUAUCUCGGCAUUCCAGAAGAGAAUAUCUUGGAGAAACACAUAGAAGGAAUCGAGCGAUAUUGUGGUUCAAAUGCAAAAGUCAAUAACCUGGCUUCUCAGCAUGUUCACAAGCUAGGCAUGAUUAUCAAAAGGUCUAGUCAUGAGCUGGAUCUGGAUGAUCAAGCUAGCAUCCGCAUGUGGGUCGAACGCAAUAGAAAAUCUGUGUUUUUCCAUCAGGAUACUUCAGAGUCAGACCCUUUUAUCUUAGGGAUCCAAACAGAAUGGCAGCUACAGCAAAUGGUUCGUUUUGGUCAUCGUAGUGUUAUUGCAGCAGACUCAUCCUUUGGUGUAAAGAGACUUAAAUAUCCAUUGUUCACCCUGCUUGUUUUUGAUUCAAGACAACAUGCACUUCCUGUCGCAUGGAUCAUUACACGUAGCUUUGCAAAGCCUGAUGUGACUAAGUGGCUGAAAGCUUUAAUUGAUCGAGCUCGUAGUGUUGAGCCUGGAUGGAAAGUCAGUGGGUUUUUAAUUGACGAUGCUGCAGCUGAUGUUGAUCUUUUGAGAGAUAUAUUUGGUUGUCCUGUCCUAUUUUCACUAUGGCGUAUUCGUAGAUCAUGGCUAAGGAAUAUUGUUAGGAAAUGCAAUAAUAUCGAGGUUCAGCGGGAGGUUUUUAAGCGUCUUGGGGAAAUAGUGUACAGCAUUUGGGGAGGCACAAAUACAUCACAUGCCUUGGAACAAUUUAUGCUGGAUUUUGUUGACCAAACUGAUUUCUUGGAAUAUUUCAGAGUCUCCUGGGUGCCCAAGAUUGAAAUGUGGCUUUCGACAAUGAGAAAUUUUCCACUGGCAAGCCAGGAAGCCUCUGGAGCAUUAGAAGCCUACCAUGUUAAACUGAAAGCCAAACUUUUUGAUGAUUCACAUCUCGGAGCGCUGCAAAGAGUAGAUUGGUUAGUCCACAAGUUAACAACCGAGUUGCAUUCAAGCUACUUGCUUGAUCGUUUCGCUGAUGAAAGUGAUUCUUUCCAGAAUGUGAAAGAGGGAUAUAUUGCUUCUACGUCAUGGCAUCGAGCACUUCAAAUUCCUGACUCUGCUGUCACCUUGGAUGAUAAAGACCGCCUCUUUGCCAAAGUUGUGAGCCAGAAAGAUAGCAGCUCAACACAUAUAGUUUGGAAUCCGGGAUCGGAAUUUUCAUUCUGUGAUUGUUCUUGGUCACUGCAAGGUAACCUUUGCAAGCAUGUCAUUAAAGUAAACAUGAUUUGUGAAAAUCUUCAAGGUUGUCAACCGUCAAUGAGUUUUCGGUCAUUUGAAGAGGUUUUGAUGGAUCUAUGGAGAAAACCAGUGGAUGAUUCGAUUGCGUUGGACGUGUCAUUGGCUUGGACCCACCAAAUGCUAGAUCAAAUCCAAAAACUUGUUGAACUGAAUAACUGUACUGAUAUUGGUACUGUAGUUAACAACAUGCCUCUGAAAUGGGUUUCAAAGAAAGGCAGAACCUACAUUGGCAAAAGAUCUUCAAUUUCUGCUACUCCUUCUGGUAACCCUAACACAAAGGGUGUUGUUUUGCAUAAGAAGAAUCGGAAGCGGAAAAGAUUAUCACGACUAAGAUGACCAGUUCCGUUCGUGAUGUUUAAUCCAUGUUAACUCUGAUCAGUGCAAAGUGCAAACUGGAUUACAUUCGAUCCGAUGCGUGACUUUUGUUCAGCUUUAUAGUUGAUAAUACUUUUAGGUGACAUGGAGUAGUGGUGGUUUUGCUCAAAAGUUGGAAGCCAUUUCCACAGUCAUUAUAUGCUAUCAUAAAUAUUCAUUUAUUGAAUCUUUCUAUAUUGUACCAUCUCCAUUGUUCUAAUUUGAUGUCCUUUGAAGUGCUUAGUUCACUUAGGAAGAUAGAUCUUUCCAUGGAUAAUUAAUUUUUGUUUUUGGCUUUGAUGUUGUUCUUGAGUUUACUUGUUAUGUACAUAUAAAAAUUGUUGCCAUAUUACUUGAAAUAAAGUGCUGGUUGUAUA